UAAUGUUGAUAGGGCGCCAUGGCAACGGUGUACCAGUGGGAUAUGCUCCGCUGUUUUUUCUGACGUUAUCCAGGAGCUAAAAUGUCAUACUCUUAGUAGCGUUAGGUUAUGUGUUGUCUGAGUAUAAAUGUAAGAGCUGAAAAAGUACGAUGUCGGAUAUAUUGUGCCGGUGGCUGAACCAGGAGGUCCAGCUGUCAAAGGCUGUAGAGCCAAAGACCAUUGCCAAAGAUUUCGCCAGUGGUUACCUAAUGGGGGAAGUUUUGCAUAAAUAUCAGCUGCAAAACGAUUUCAAUAUGUUUAUGAAGAAAGACACCUCCGUCUCCAAACUGAAUAAUUUUACCCGCCUUGAGCCUACUCUCCAAUUACUUGGGAUCUCCUUCGACAUAAACACAGCCCAAGACCUAAUGCAGGAGAAGCAGGGAGUUGCCACACGCCUCCUAUACCAACUCUAUGUCUCACUUGAGAAGAACAGGAAAGCAGAAAUUAGUGGGACAAUGAUGGAAAUUAUGCAGCCAGCAGGAUGUGCAAGCCUGCACAAAAAGGAGCAUCAGAUCUACUCUGACCGACUGCGUCAGGUGGUGAAACGUGAUACAGAAUUGAAACUUCAGAAAAUUUCUCAGCACUAUGAGGAGAAAUUCCAGCAGUUUGUGGUGACCCCUCCGAUCGAGCAGAAGAGACAAGUCAAAGCCCAGGAUGAGAAAAGACUGAAGAAUAUUGACAAGUUGCAGGCAUUUCAUCAGAAGCACAAAGGCAUGACUUUUAACCAGACCACUUAUAUGCAGGUGCCUAAGCCACCUCCAUACAUUUCACAGCUCAGCCUAAAGAAGAGACAGCAGCAGCAGAAGCGCAAAGAACGGCAAGCACAGAUAGUCCAGACUGAAAUAGCCCAGUUUGAGACAAACAGGAAGAAGGUAAUUACUGCUGGGUUAUCAUCAAGUGGUCGGUCCCCCGUAGAUUUUUCCCUUGGUAGCAACAGUCAGGGCCGUGAUUUGCUUGGACGUGGAAAUAAGGUGAUGUUACAGUCCAGCAACAGAUACAUACAAGAAAUCCGAAAGAGGCUGGAGGAAAAUGCUAUAGCUUGCAAGGAGAGAGAGAAAAGACAAGACAGAUUCCUGGUGGAGCAGCUCAAGGCCCAUGAAGCUCAGGAGGAGGCACGACGAGAGGAGCAACUGGUGAAGCGACUGACACGUCAGACUCAGCAGGAGCAGCGUUUGGCAACCCAGCUAAUUCAGAUACGUAUGCAGAAGGAGGUCAUCCGAGAGAACCGCCUGUUCAGAGAACAGCAGUACCAGCAGCGGAGAGAGAGAGACUUCCAGGAAGCUCUGGACAGGGAGGCGGCUCUGGCUCAGCAGGCUAAGUUGGAUCGUGCAGAAGAGAUCAAAAAGGAGCUUGAAUUCUGUAACAGGAUUGCUGCUGAGAGAGCUCAAAGGAAAUAUAAGAAGCAUUUUGAGAACUGCAGGGGCAUUUUGGAGCAGAUAAUGGACUUGGCCACAAAGCUUGGAGAAUAUCGCCUACUCAAUGGAAAUCGGAUUCCAGAGAAGCUGAUGAGAGAGUGGAAGGAAUUGCUGUUCAGUGGUCUUCCACUUUACGAGCCAAUAAAGGACCACCAGCCAGGGUUUGGGUUCCGUGAACCACUAGACCCUGUAGAGCUUCAGAAGCAGGAGAUACUCAACAACCAGGACUAUGAUGAAUACACUAAUAUGGUGGGUGAGUGGGGAUUGCCAGAGGAAGCUGAGGAAGUGAAAUUACCUGUGACCAACAAUGAUAUUCUUGGGUACAUUGUCCAACGUCUGAGGAACGUUGUUGAUCAACCCAUCAUGGAACCAUCAUCAUCUCUAUUUCCAGACUUUAUCCUUAAGGCCUGCGUCCUUGGAAAGUUUUGCUCUGGCAAGACCACCUGCCUGUCCAAGAUUGCUGAAGCACAUGGCAUCUACGUCUUAUCGACUGAUACUUUGAUUGAAGAGGCACUGAAUGCUCACAAGAAUGAAGAGAAGAGCACAGCGCAGCAGAGUGAGGAAGACAAUGAGCAACCUCUCGCAAACACAUCAGUGAAAUCUGAUCUUAAAAACCAGGAAGAAAAUAGAGCCGGUAAUGCAACACUUUCGAAGCGAGCCAUACAAGGAGCUGCUGUGGAAAAAGAGCUGAGGAAAGGGAACACUAUCCAUAAUGAGCUGUUAGUGGACAUUAUAGUAGAGGCGAUCAGUCAGCUUCCAUCUCAGUCAGGUUGGAUUUUGGAUGGAUUCCCAUUUGACAUUGCUCAGGCACAUCUUCUAGAGGAAGCCCUUGGUGGAGCUGUAUCCUUAGAAAAGGAAGUUGUAAAUAGCAGGAAGAACCUUGCUAAAGAUCCCAAUCCACCAAAACCUCCACCACCCCCUGCACCUGUGCUGGACCUGGUUUUGCUCCUGGAUAUCCCUGAUGAGCAUGCAGUCAGUCGUGGAUACACUAAAAUGGAUCUGGAUGCUGCUGCUAGAACCUCCCAGUCUGCAGACAAGAAUGUGUAUCUGGCACAGAUUGGACACAGGAUAACAGCUUUUCAGGAUACCUGGCCAAAACUGGAGAAAUGGUUUGGUGAAAAGCAAAACAUUUUGGUCCGUGUUGAUGCAGAUGUAGACGUUCAGGAGCUUUACAGUAGGGUGGAGUCUAUCCUGCACCAAGCUAUGUUGAAAACACAGGGAGCUUUUUCCGGUCCUCCUGUUGAAGAUGCUGUACUAGACAGUGCAAAAGCUCCCAAGCUGUCCUCUUCAAGUACACCUUCAGGUGUAGACCAGCCUACAGCUCUCACUGAAGAAACUGUUGAGCCCACAGAGUCCUGCUCCAGCCUUAAAGAGGAAAAGGUCCAAGGUCUCAGAGGGCCCAGUAGGAGUGCAUCAGUAUCCUCAGUGUGCAGUGUUAGCUGUCAAGGAGCCCCCAAAAACUCACCUAAGUCUAAGUCUUUCUGCCCCCGAUCAUCCGUCCAGCUCUAUGUGAAUGAACCACUUCCUCCGGAGAUCCCAGAGUACCUGUGCUCAUACUGGGACACAUUGUGCAAUUCUUAUGUAGACGGGGUAAAGACGGUGAUGCAAGAGCUGCGCUCACAACGCUCUGUUAUCAACCAUCACCUGUUUAAUAUCAGAAAGCAUUACAAACAUUAUUUGGGGCGCCCAGACUUAAAGCAGGAGUUAGUGUCUCAAUGGCAGAAGAACUUCAACAGCAUACCCGAUGAUAUGAGAGAAGAUGAGGAUACCAAAGAAGAGCUACAUCUGAGAUUGGAUGAGCUACGUGAACGUUUGUGGGACAUUACUGACAAGCGUAAGGAGCAGGAUGAGCAAGAGAGGGCUUCUCUCAUGAGUGAUGGUUGGUUGGAAGAGCACAUUGUUGUUCUCGUCAACCACCACUCUAUACUUACGCAGGUGGAGUUGAACCGCUUCCAGGAGACGCUCUGUAUUCUCAGGGUCUACUAUUUAAGCAUGUGUGAACAGAUGCUUCCCAAACCACUCUCAAAUUUUUUUUAUAUUCCUUUAAUGGAAAAUAUAGAAAAUAAGGAUCAGGAUGAGAGGAGUGAACCACCAGGAUCAAGUUUGUGCAAUCUGGAUGAAGGAGAGGACAAGAAGAAGUUACAUUUUACUCCACUCACCAGACAUCCUGACGCCUCUGGAAGGGUCUCCAAGACAAAAGGCCAAGAUCAGCCAGAACCUGUUCAACCACCACACGAAAAACUGAUAUCUGGCUACGAGGAAGCACUCACAGCUAUCAGCAAUCUGGUGUCAGGAGAAACAGACAGGUCGGAGACAAAAGAGCAGGACGAGAAACUACCAGAGAAAGAAAAGGAGAAGGCCUCCACAAGUGAAAAUAAAAACAACAAACAAAAGCAGUCAUCCAAAAAAGAUCAGUCAUCCCCACCACAGACACCCAGCCAGGCAACAGCCGAGGAGAGAAACUCAGAGAAGCCUUAUAAUCCUAAAGUUAGAGAAAAAUUACACGGAGAAUAUUCAGCUGCUGUAACUCAUGAAGAGGAUGCGGUAAAGGCCCGCAUUGCACUGGUGAAAGCUCAUGGUCUGGUGAUGGUACAGUCCCUGCAAAGCACAGCAGAAGAGAUUUUUGGCAACAUGGAGAAGUGGCUACACGAACGUUAUCUUGCAGAAAUGAAGAGCAUUGACCAAUUAACAGAAGUGGUUCACCACCACAUAGAGACUGGUGCUAAGUUGAAGAAUGAGCUGGUGUUGGAGUGUUCUGACUUUUAUCUGAAUGGAGACUGCCGUGUGAUUGCUAGCCCACUUCCCCCUCCCCGUCCACCUCCUUUGGAGAAACCCAUGAGGUCCACCCCAACCAUAGCUCAGCUAGAGUUACUGUACCAGCAUCUAUACAGCAUUUCUCCAUCAGGCUUCAUGUCUACGUCUGGGUUCUUCAGUUUGCUCAAAGAUAUCAUCACUACUAACAUGGGCAGAGACACCUUGCCUGAGCCCUGGAUGGACAAAAGUGAAUCACAGUUGAUGGAGAUUGUGUCUUCAUUGACGGACAGCUAUGAGCUGGUAGACUGGCGUCGGUUUCUGCUCAGUGCUGCUCUUCCUUGGCCAUUUCCUUUGUUAAGUCAGCUGCUGGAUGUGCUACAACAGUUCAAGGCAGCAGAUACUGGUGACACAGGCUAUAUAAAUGAGGAGAACUACCUGAAAACAGAGUUGUGGUUCUCCACUGAAAGUGUCCAGACUGUUCCUGAGGACCCCUCUGAGCCUGUACCUUAUGAGCGUCUGGCCAACCUUCGCAAGUUCUUUUUCCACAUGUUUGCAGACCACUCCUUCUCUCCCUCUCGAUUGGAUUAUGUGUCCAUGCUGAAGUACUUUGCUGCAGACCCCAACCCCACACAGGGCUUCAUCCGAGCACUUAGCGUGAUCCUUGGUCAAAAGCUCACGCAUUCCUCACUGAGCCAUCUUGUCAAAUCUAUGCCCAUCAUAGAAGAGAAUGCAGACCUCACCUCCUCUGAACUUGACUACAAGGAAGAAGGGGCUCUCAGUGCAUCAAGCAUUUUUGUGGAUGAGCAGGAAGUGUCGAUCCCUGCUCUCCUUUCUAUCAUCUGCCACAAAAUCACUAAGAUGGAAGACAAAAGCCACGUUCCCUCCGGCAGCCCGAGUCAGAAGGAGCACACUGCGAACCUGGUGGAAGUGUUCAGAGAGCUGGGAUAUGAUCCUGAGGACCAUGUCCCUUUUUCCAUUCUCUCUCAGCAUCCUUCUGUUCAGUCGCUGAUGGAGAGUUGUACACACCACCAGCUUGUGAACAUUCAUCGAGUGUUACUGGACAGUCAGCAUGGAGGAGAGACUAACAGCUCAACACUUUCAUAAAGGAUAAGAUAGACAUAAUUCUGACCGCACCGUGAAGAACUCUAACUUGGGAAAUGCACAUGUGGAUGCUUUUGAAGUGUUCUUAUUACUUUAAUUUUUAAAAUGCUAUGUUAAUUCAAAUAAAUAGAUGUGCAUCCAUACACUGGUAUUGUACUACAUAUUUGAGAUGGGAACAGUAACAUAUGGUGGUGGGAUUGACCUUGCUAACUUUUUUGUCCUAUGAUACACUCCAGAAGUUUUCAUGAGUGAGGUGCUUUUUUUAAUUGUUCAGGAUAAUUCAGAUGUCAAGCCUGACUUGUCCGUCACUGACUGCUGUGGCACCAACAACCCUAUCAUAGCUCAUUCAGGACUUAUGUGUUAUGGUAGCAGCUUUCCACUUUUUUCAUAAACAGAGAAGUAUGAAUAAAUGAUAUUUCAACAAAUAA